CUUCGCAGUUAGUAUGUCAGUGGAGCCCGCGCGAGAGGUGGCCUGCAAGGACUGUACCGCGCCAACCUUUUUUUCUGUGCGUGCGAUGUUUUCACUUUCGUCAUUUUGACCAGGCCAGUUUGAUUUGACGUCGCUCGCGCACGGACGUGCCUGGGUUCCGGCGUUGUGAUAUCCUGUGAUCGCUGGUGCUUCGGAUUGUUUUUGUUUAUGAAAAUUAUUUUGUGAAAAUUAUGGCUGUGAUAAAGUGUUAAUAUGUUUGAUAGUAACAUUCUUUUUAAUUUCUACAAUGAGAUUGCUAAUAGAAGUGCACUACAGUUGGCAAGUGCUGGAAUGAUGGGCGAGGGCCUGCUGACUCUGACGUACGGCAAGCACCACGCCUGCAUCCUGAACGAGGUGGGAGCAGCGUGGCGUGGUGCCCGCUACUCAGACCUAGUUCUGGUUUGCGACGACGCUGUACCGCUGGCCGCGCACAGGAUCGUCAUGGCCGCUGCUAGCCCACUUAUCAGGAAAAUACUAGAUGAUACGCCGUCUGUCGAGAGUCCGGUCACGAUCCACAUGUCGGGCAUCAGCAGCACUCUCAUGAGGCAUCUCCUUGUAUUCUUGUACAGCGGCCAAGCCUACAUUGAGUCUGGUGAAAUAGAUGAUAUGCAGGAGUUGUUCGAGUUGUUGGAAAUUAAAUCAGAUGUAUGGAAAUCAACGAAGGAACGACAACAGGCUGAAGAACGGAACCGGUCGUGCGACAGAUUAAAAUCAAAAUCCUUAAAGACAGAUAUCAACAGCAACGAAAGCAGUAAACAUGAUGCACCCUCAGGAUCUUCACAUUCAGAGAGUGAACUCGCCGCCCCUGGUGCCGGUUACAGCAAAGACAAAGAUGAAAACAUGAGUAUAAAGAAAGAAAGCAUGUCGACCAGUAGCAACGACGAAAGAGAAGAAGAAGAACAAGAUGGUGACAAUAGGGACAAGGAAUGCGGACGACUUAUGGCUAGACGAAGAAGCUCUUCAAACCCGGUCAACCUAUCGCUUGCAAGGAAUUCAGAAAACACAGGCAGUGAACAUGACGACUCACAAGACGUUGAUGUGGAAACAGUUGCGGCAAAGAAUAUUUCGAGAAGAAGAUCAACAUCGUCGAGCCAGGAUGAUCAACCACAAGAGACACACUAUCGGAGACAGUUGCUAAGUGAUCGAUUAGGACGAGGAAUCGAAAGAGCUAAGAGGAAAUCACAUUACUUAGAACCCCCAGAGUUAGAUUUACGAACUGUCAAGUUAGAGGACUACGCACAUCUUAAGCCACCUGAUCAGGACCUCAUAUCAUUGGUGCAAACUUCUCCAGAAAACUAUGUCGUCACGCCUCACCGAAAACGAAGACCCGGCUUCCACAAUUCACCGUCACAGAAUCCUCCAUUUGUAUCAUUCCCCCCAAGUUAUUUAGAAGAAAUGGCACAUCUCCGAUACACACAGGGACCUGGCAGCGCCGCCGCAGUUGCCAGUGCUCGGCUUGGAGUAUUACAUCCGCUGAGCACUUCCGCACCUCCGUACUUACCCGAAAGGAGUGCCACUCCCCCCACAGCAACGCACGAGGAUGCACUCAAAUAUCGACCUCCAAGUGCAGGUUCGUGGGGUCCGUGGCUAUGUCAACCUCAGAUGGGUGGGGAUGACACGCCCACGCCUGAACAUGAUCAAGGUUCGAGUAAACAAGCACCAGUCCGAGAGUAUCGCUGUGAAUAUUGUGGCAAGCAGUUCGGAAUGUCGUGGAAUCUCAAGACUCACUUACGAGUGCACACUGGAGAGAAACCGUUUGCUUGUCGACUGUGCGUUGCUAUGUUCAAACAGAAGGCCCAUUUGCUGAAACAUUUAUGUUCGGUUCAUCGCAAUGUGAUAUCGUCCAGCGAGAAUGAUGGUCGGACGAACACACCGGGACGGUUCAACUGCUGUUUCUGUCAGCUCACCUUCGAAGCGUUACCAGAACUCAUCCGGCACUUGUCAGGACCCCACAACAGUUUGCUUCUCAGUAAGAACUUACACGAAUGACGCCCGUCCACCUGACGCGGGCGCUCGCGUAACUUUGGACUUUAAAAACUUCAUCUCUCGAUAUGAGAGUUCAAUUGUGAUAUGUGUUUAGAAGGAUAAUGUUAAGCGUUAGUUAUAAGACAUGUGAUAUCGCAGAGCGAUACUCAUAGUGAGGCAUCCGUAGGCGAUGACUGCGGGUGUGAUGUUGAUGACUAAUAAUAAAUCACAUGUUUGCCGAAUGGGUCCAAAUUGUUAUAAUUUGUUUAAAAAUUAUACUCCGGGACCAACACCUUCCAAGAUAGUAUUUAUUUGAAAGAUGUAUUUCAUUAGGGUAAAUAUUAUUAAAAGCCACCGACACAUUAAUUCCUUAAGCAUAGAAAAUAGACACAUUUGUCAAAGAAAGUUGCGAAGUAUGUGUAGACCUAAACAGAUAGCGUCACAUUAACUACCUCCUAAUUUAAAUCAGUAUCUUGAUGAAUCUACUGUGGCGUUAGCAUGGGUUCGUAUUGACUUUAUACUUUACGAGUAUACAGUCAAUAGAUCUAGUCAGAAUUGGAACUAAGAUUUCAACAGUUGUACCUUGUACACAUUACGAUUGGUAUCGAUUCAUCGCGACAGUACUUUGGUGCUUCUAGUAGCUUCAUUAAAUAUUUUAAAUAUUGUGUCAAAGACUCCUUUGCUAUGUUUUUCAGGGUCAUUGCCCCCACUUCGUUCCAAACCAUCUGACUUGGACAUUUCGCAGCUUUUUAAGACAUUUACAAUCUCAAUAUUAGGAUUUAUUCACUUUAUGUAACUUUUAGAAAAAAAAUGUGUUCGUAAUAUUAUAAUUUAUAGUAUGCACAUCCUUCCAAUCGUUCGUGCCGAUUUUGCAAUGUGGAUAAGCACCAAAGAUUUGUAAAGCAAUAAAAACGUUUUGGUGUACAAUUAAGAGAAAUUAAAGGGACCUGAAAUGAUUUUGAUUUUGUUAAACUUAAAGUAUGUAGGUACCAAUUUAAUAAUCUCAUCUGUAAUUACUAACGUUCAACUUUCUAUAACCAUUUCCAUAAUUCCGUUGCGAACUUUAUGAUGCUUGAAUAUAUUCUUAUUUUUGGAUUAAUUUACUUUAGUGUUAAUACGAAGCUUACCAGGCAUUAUUUUCAAAUGAAUAUUUUUAUCACUAGUACCUUAGCUUUAUUAAAAAUCUUCGAAACUUAUUUUCGAUGUCGCUUUUUAUCGAACACAUUAUUGUGGCCAGUUAUAUUAAAGCUAUUAUUGUAGUGAAGGCUGGAUGUUCAUCUUAAUUAAGGCUUCUAUAAUACAAAGUAUACAAAAUUAGUGAUCGAUUCUUUCGUCAGUACGAUGCCAAAAGUUUUUUAUUCAACAGUAGAUUGUAUUGUACGUUUCGUUUGUUUGAAAAUUUUAUUUCAAUAAGCCAGUUCAAUACUGUACUCAAUUGGAGAAUAUUUUCCGUAAUACUCAUUUUGUACAAUCCUUUUAUACGUACUUUUAUUUGGAAUUCCAAUUAUAUUUUUGGUUGACUUAAUUCUUGCGGAUACUUGUCAAUGCAAUGAUUGUUGUUAAUUAUUUACUUCAUUAAAACUAAAGUUACCAACGAGUUGUUCAAAACUUAGAUUAAAACUAUAAAAUUGUCGAGUUAAUUUAAUGUCUUUUUCGAACGUUACCUAUUAUACCUGAUUUUUAUCGUUUUUUCGUGUUAAUCGACGUCGAUGUUGACGUUAAUUGUAAUUGGGGAACAAUUUAAUUUUAAGGAUUGUGAUUUCAAGGAAUCGUUUAGAUUUAUUCUAUGUGAUAAUUGUCUGUUUUGUCUUAAGUAGGCACGUUGAGAACGCUGUCUUCCAAUGCGUUUUCCAUUUUUAAAUCUUUAGCAUUAAGACACACGGAUUUUUGAAAUGGCAUGUACUUAUUUUCUUUAGUUCGCCUUUAUUUCAUUUUGUACACUGCGUAAUGAAUAGUACAGAACGUUUCUCCAAGUCCGUGUGUCUCAAUUCUCUGUAAAUAAAAAAUGUUAGAAUGUAAGUCAAACGAUGCAUGACAAAAAAUCGUCCACAAACCGCUGCCUAACCUAUACGUAACUUGAACAAAUUGUAUUUUUAUAAAUAUUUUCUUGAGAACCACUUGUAGAAUAGGAUCGUUGUGAUAUUAUCGGCGAAGGUCCGAAUUGCCUUAAAAUAUUAAAUAUCAAUGCAAGUAGGUAUCUUACUUAACGUAGUUUGUGUGUUUCUUAGCUCUGUUAUACAGAAAUAAACACAAAUAUCCAUUAAUUUUUGCAAAUAAAGAAGUUUGGAAAACACAUUUUGCCAUUUUUUGUUCAUUUGA